AUGGCGAACAAGAAGAGUGAUGGGGAACGGAAGAAGAUGAAGAAAAGGAAGAAGGAAAAAGCCACAGAUGUUGGAUUGCAGGAUUCACUGGGGCGAUUGUUGGCGGAACUCGGAUCUGGUGCUCCGGAGGAAGUCAUAAAGCAGCGAAAUGUUGCCUCCGCUGAUGAUCAACACUUUGUAGAUGGAUACUACACGGCAUGUGCUCGUUUCAAAAGUGAGCAUUUAGUGGGACAGGCUUUACGACGCUGUGCGGCAAUUCCCUGUAUUUGUUUGAGUGAUAUUGGCAUUGAGCCAGCUAAAUGUGGAGUAACAAAAUUUUGUGCGAAAUACAGGAAUGCUUAUAAAACGAUGGAUGAAUUACAGCACGGCGUCGAAUCGUACAUGUCGAAGCAUGAUGCUAUACAAAACGAGAAAAAACGAAAUUUGAAGAGGAUGGCGAAUGUUCCGGACGAGGAGGGAUGGAUCACCGUGACAAAAACGCACUACAAACGCUUGCCACCGGCUAUUGUUGUGCGAAACAAGGAAGAUCUGCGGAAGCUAUCAAAAAAGAAGAAACGUGUGGUAUGUAUAACGUAUAAAUUUAUUGUUACUCCAACUCCGGUUUCGACAAAAAUUGUUUUAAUUGAUUCUAAAUUGCCUAUUGCUACACGGCGCUUCCUCGCCCCGUGA